UUUGAUGUAAUUUUCCACUCUGAUGCCACUAGCAGAGAUUUCUUGCCUUUUAAAUUUCCAGAUUUCACACUUUUUUCUCUGUUUAUGAUCUGCUCUAGUUCAUCCAGAGGGCGUAAUGAUGUUAUUGAUUUCUGCUCUGAAUGCUCUUUAACGUGAUGAACUGCGCUGAAAGUUUCUCUUCGUAUGUUUAAGAGUAGAUUCAUUUCUGAAUCUUUGAUUUCAAAUUCACUUAAUUCUGAAAAAAUUCUGAUGCGUUCAAGGCCCCUUUGAAAAAUAUUUGGAUCAGUAAUUUUUUUCAACAAUCAUGGGUUCUCUUUUCCGCAGUGAAGAGAUGACAUUAUGUCAACUCUUCCUUCAGUCUGAAGCUGCUUAUGCCUGUGUUUCUGAACUUGGUGAACUUGGAUUGGUUCAGUUCCGAGAUCUGAAUCCAGAUGUUAAUGCCUUCCAAAGAAAAUUUGUGAACGAAGUUAGAAGAUGUGAUGAGAUGGAAAGGAAAUUAAGAUUUUUAGAGAAGGAAAUUAAAAAAGACGGAAUUGCCAUGAUGAGUUUUGGUGACAACCCUGAAGCACCGCAACCCCGAGAAAUGAUUGAUUUAGAGGCUACUUUUGAAAAGCUAGAAAAUGAAUUACGUGAAGUUAACACGAAUGCUGAAGCUUUAAAAAAGACAUAUUUGGAGUUAACAGAGCUGAAACACAUAUUGAGAAAAACUCAGCAGUUCUUUGACGAGGCAGAAUUUCAUCAUGUGCAGAUGCACGACCCCAGUAUGCAGGAAGAAAGUGUGACAUUACUUGGAGAAGAAGGAUUGCGAUCAGGAGGCCAGGCCCUAAAGCUUGGUUUCGUUGCUGGUGUUAUUCUGAGAGAAAGGUUACCAGCAUUUGAAAGGAUGCUGUGGAGAGUCUGCCAUGGAAAUGUGUUCCUGCGUCAAGCAGAUAUCGAUACUCCUUUAGAAGAUCCAGUUACUGGUGAUCAAGUGUAUAAAUCGGUUUUCAUCAUAUUUUUCCAAGGAGAUCAACUGAAAACUAGAGUAAAAAAGAUAUGUGAAGGGUUUCGAGCAACUUUGUACCCUUGCCCAGAGACUCCAGCUGAUAGAAGAGAAAUGUCCAUUGGUGUCAUGACUCGCAUUGAAGAUUUGAAUACUGUUCUUGGACAGACACAAGAUCAUCGAUAUAGAGUUCUUGUAGCUGCUGCUAAAAACAUCAAGAGUUGGUUUGUAAAAGUUCGCAAAAUUAAAGCUAUAUAUCACACCUUAAAUCUCUUCAAUUUGGAUGUCACUCAGAAAUGUCUCAUUGCUGAAUGCUGGUGUGCCUGCUCUGAUUUAGAUAAGAUACAGAUGGCAUUAUGCAGGGGCACAGAGCUUAGUGGUGGCAGUGUUCCUUCUAUUUUGCAUAGAAUGCAGACUGCUGAAGUACCUCCGACAUUUAACCGAACCAAUAAAUUUAGUCAAGGUUUCCAAAAUAUUGUGGAUGCAUAUGGUGUAGCUAAUUAUCGUGAAGUUAAUCCAGCUCUUUUCACUAUUAUAACUUUUCCAUUCCUGUUUGCUGUGAUGUUCGGCGAUGCUGGUCAUGGUUUAAUAAUGUCACUUUUUGCUGGCUGGAUGGUUUUGAAAGAAAAGGGUCUUGCUUCAGAACGCACAGACAAUGAAAUCUGGUUGACCUUUUUCAAUGGCAGAUACAUAAUAUUGUUGAUGGGAGUUUUCUCUGUUUAUACUGGUUUGAUCUACAACGAUAUCUUCUCAAAAGCCUUUAAUUUGUUUGGCUCUUCUUGGUAUCCACAAGCUAAUUUUGAAACAAAGUUUCUUCCAACAUUAUAUCAAUUGAAUCCAACCAACGAUACAGACUAUAUGGGCAUACCAUAUCCAUUUGGUGUGGAUCCUGCAUGGCAAGUUUCAACUAAUAAGAUCCUGUUUUUAAAUUCUUAUAAAAUGAAAGUUUCUGUAAUAUUAGGUGUCUCGCAAAUGAUUUUUGGAGUUGUUCUAAGUUUAAGGAAUCACCGGUACUUCAAUCAACGGUUAAACGUAAUCUGCGAAUUUGUUCCUCAAUUAGUCUUUCUUGUUUCAAUUUUUGGAUACUUAGUUCUACUUAUAUUUUCAAAAUGGACAAAUUAUGAUGCAAGAUUGUCUGGUUGUGCUCCUAGUCUACUCAUUAUGCUCAUCAAUAUGUUCCUUUUCAAAUAUCCUGAUGAACCUUGUUAUUUAAAAAAAAUGUAUGGUGCACAAGCUGUAUUUCAAGGAAUGCUUGUUACAAUAGCUCUCUUAUGCAUUCCUUGGAUGCUUUGUGCAAAACCUUACAUGUUAUACAAGCAAUGGAUCACAAGACCAGCUACGACUGGUGCCAACAAAACCGGAGAGGAAGCAUUAGCUGAUGGUGACGGCGUUGCAAAAGAAGUUCAACCAGCUGAACAAACUGUUUCGGAAGACUUUGAUUUUGGAGAUAUUUUCAUCAAUCAAGCUAUCCAUACUAUUGAAUAUUGUCUUGGUUCAAUAUCUCACACUGCUUCAUAUCUUCGAUUGUGGGCGCUAAGUUUAGCACAUGCACAGCUCUCAGAAGUUUUAUGGUCUAUGGUUCUUCGUCUUGGACUUGGUGGAGUUAACGGUAUAGUUCUGUAUUUAACAUUUGCAGCGUGGGCAGUUUUAACUGUUGGUGUACUCUUAGUCAUGGAAGGUUUGUCUGCAUUUCUGCAUGCUUUGCGUCUACAUUGGGUUGAAUUUCAGAGCAAGUUUUAUCAUGGUGCUGGUUAUAUGUUUGUGCCAUUCUCAUUUGAGACCAUAUUAGCAGCCGGAACAGAUGAAUAAGUUGAAAUGUGUUCAUAUGAAGAGAGUUUUUUUUUGAGAAUGUAUGUAAAUUUAACAUCGUUUUUGAAUUGUUUUAAAUUCCUGUCUUUCAAAAUGUUCUUGCCACAUUGUUCAGCAUAAUUUCGAUUUAUUUAUUAAUUUUAUCGUUUUGUUUUAUUCAUGAUCUGAAUGCCUUCAUAGAUGCCUUUUGUGUGGACUUUCAAAUAUGAUUAAUGAAUGAUUCAACAAGGCAUUAUUUGGGAACUAUUUUACAUCCUAUGUGUGUUCAAGUACAAAACAUUAUUAUUUCUCAUUUUAGCUGUACGUUUCAUUUAAAUUUAUAUUAAUGUUUUAUAAUUCAGUUUCUCUCUCUACCCUCCCCCCCCCCCCCCAUCUAACUUUUAGAUUCAGUUUCAAAGAUUUGAAUUCUAAAAAACUAAUACAUUAAAGCGUUCAAUGAAAAAUAGCCUUUCAUUAAAAAAAAAUUUAAAACCUUGCUUUUUGUGUGAUCAUGUUACACUGUUGAAUCCGUGCAUUUAUUUUUUUGCUUGUUGUAUAAGUUACAUAUUGUUAAGAAAUUAUGUUUCUUUUCUGUAUAUAUGUUUUUUUGACACAUAAGUUGACAUGUUUUUACACACUUUUAAAAUUUUAAACUACAUUUGAAAAUUUUAUUUAAUAUGUUGAAUUUGUUUCCUCUGUGAUAGUUUGCCAAAGUAGUAGUAACUUAUAAAAAUAUAGCUGUGAAUUUUUUUUGUUACUGCUUUUUUAAAUGUAUGAAUAUAAAUGUAUUUUGCUGUAUUUUGUGGAAUAGUAUAAGUUUAAAAUGCUGACGUAUAUUUUAAAUAAUUAUUUAUGGUAUUAUUCCUAAGAUUAAAAAAUCAAGCAUGAGCAGAAUAAUACUUAAACAUAAGAAUAUAGCUUUAACGUUAGACGUAUUAAAAAUUUGUUUCUUAGAAAAUGUGCAAUAUUGUAAUUUGGGGCUCAUUUUCAAAUAAAUGAAUGGAAAAAUUAUACACAAUUUACUUAACUGUAUGAUUAAAAUCAUUAGAAAAUGCAUUUGUUUUAUGAUUAUUGUGAAUGCGAGACAUACAUACUCUUUACAUCACAAAAUAAGUAAAUAAAUUUUACUUUUUUAGUUUACUUGGCAACAAGCGUUUCCCAUGCUGUUAAAAAUACUUCAAUUUCUUAAAAGAACAAAAAAUGGUACAUACAAAAUACCCCCAAAAUAUCCAAAAUGUACAUACAAAAUAAUAAAAUUCUUCAAUUUCUUAAAAGAACAAAAAAUGGGACAUACAAAAUAAAU